GCGCGGUGUGUUGAUGAUAAGGAGUCGCGGCUGUUGAAGAUGAGGAGAAGAUUUCAGAUAAAAAAUGGAAGAGUUUAACAGAUUAAGAUUAAGAGCGAGUUAAAGAGAAAACAUGCAGGGUAACCGAGGAGCAAAUUAAACCGAUAGAGCACUUUAGAAAUGAUUAGUUUACCUGCUAAAGUUAAUAUAUAGAGCUAAUUCACAAGUCAGAGCAGUUCAGUAUUAAUAAAGAUGAACUGUUGAGCCACUGUAAGAACGGACAGCUAAAAAAUGAUGGAGGAUUUCUCAGGCUUGGCUUUGCCGCCACUCUUUGGUGGUCACAUUCUGGAGGCCGAACUGGAGGCAGCUGGAGUGGAACUGGGUCCCGGAGGUACUGAGAUCCUGGAGAGUGAAGUACCUGCAGCUGGUUCAGGGCAGGAUGGUGAUGAGGACAGAAGAGAACUGGAGAAGAAAAAGUAUCAGGCCUUGAGCAAGAGGUGCAAGGAAAUUGAACAGGUGAACGAAAGGAUACUGGGUCGUCUUCACCAGGUCCAAAGAUUAACACGCAGGAUGAAGAAAGAGAGAAGGUUUCUCAUGAAGACUUUGGACUCAUACGGAGAUGACUACAGAAUGGCCCAGCUCACCAUUCCUUUAGAAGAUGAUUGUGGAGCUGUUUUAGAUGGUCUACCUGCUGGAGAUGAUGAUGGUUCCUCCUCUUCAGUCCCCCACCAGUCAACAGCUGGACCCAAGAAAAAGAGGAAUCGAGUUUCAAAGGAAAAAGAGAGGGAUGCUCAGACUGAGACUGAUCUUGCUGUUGUGCCUGAGGCUUCACUUACUGGCUUUCCUAGCCCCAGCUCCCUCUCACACUGAGCUAUAAUUCACUGUAUUAUUAUUUUUACUUAUACAAAGCUUACCUAUAUAAAGUCAACAGUGAUGUAUUAAAAGGAGUGCUCAGUAGGCCAAAGUAAAAAAGAGCACAGGAAAUUUGGUUAAUAGAUGUGUUCUUUGAUUUAGGAUCUGUAAUUAAUGCCCAAUUUUUUUAAAUAAACAAAUGAAUUUGGACAUUUGGUGCACGCACACACACACACUGCAUAUGGGGGGGGUUAUGGGUGGUUUUACAUAUAUACUUAUAUGGAUAUACUCAAGUGGAUUUGAAUAUUUCAUCCCACACAGCAAUAUGUUUUCGGUCAAACUAACUGGAGGGGUACAAUCUUAUCCGGACGUCGUCCAGGUCUUAGUCACAAGGUGUAAACAGGUUAUAAACAACAACAAAGUAUGCUCAAGUGUGGACAUGACUGACUGGGUCCUUUUUAAAACAUUAUUAUACCUGCAUAAAAUAGAAUUACUGAAAAAAUGCCCUAAUACCCAACAUAUGCAAACAGUCACUCUAGUCUGAGUAAAACAAAAAUCUGGUAACAGUUUAUAUUUAUUUGAUCAUUUUUACAUUGCAAAAAAUACAAAUAAAAACAGACAGGAAUAAGAAAACAGCAGAGGACACAGUCUUUAUCUGUGUUUUCCAUAGCGGUUAAAGCGCCGGUACAGGUAACUGAUUCUUUUCUCUAGGUUGUGUCGGUCUUCAGUCAUCAUUCGAUCUCCCACCAUUCGCUUCUUCCUGGUGAGCCGCUGAAGCUCAUUCCCACGGAAUCCUCGCACCCAGGCAGGGCCAAUGAUCAAGUCCUUGGGAUGAGCCUUAAAGUCACCUAAUGCCAUCAGAGAGAGAGAAAGAGUACUGUAAAUCCCUCUGGAAGAUUCACAGGGGCAAAACUUUAUUUUUGAUCAAUCAAAAAUAUAUAUUUUAAUAAAUAAUGCUGAAAUUACAACAAUAUUUACACCAUGCACACAUUUCACAAGAAAGCAUGAUUCCUUUUAAACUCGACACAACAGAUAACCACAGAGCCCCACAAGCCAAAAACUGCAUUAUGCUCGCUCAUGAGGAACACAUGCAUGAAUAUGCAGAAUAACUAACACACAUAUUCUGUGUUUUUUGUUUGGGAAGCUGGCUGUAUAGAUCAAUUGUUUACAAUAACUUGUGUUUGAUUUAUGUGAAAUAAAUAAUAUUUUUUCAUAA